AUGGUGACGGCGGGAAGGGCGCGAAAGCGGCCGGCCAUGGCGGCGGCCGUGAAGCGGCGUCGCGGGGAGGCCCCGGGGCCGGAGCAGGACACGGAGCGGGAGCGGGAGCAGGAUCAGGAACGGGGCUGCCUGCAGUUCUGGGUCGCUCACAGCUGCGCGCUGGCCGAGCGCUGGACGACAGCGCGGGCCGCGGGACAUGGUGGGGCGGCGGCGGCGCGGGAGCUGCUGCGGCGGCAGCGAGACGAGUUCGGGGAGCUGCUCCUGGGCAUCCGGGGACUGCCGGCUGCUCUCCCUACCCUUCCUCUGGAACUCACUGUCCUCUACAACUCCCUGCUUUUCACUGUGGGAGCAUCCGACUCUGCCAUCGAGGGAGAAGCAGACGGAAUACGCCAGGGGCUCCUCAGGGUUCUGGAGGCUUGUGGGGCCUGUGGACAGGAUCUCAGCAUGGAGGAGCUGUGGGAAAAGGUGCUGCAGGAGGUAACAGUGGAGGAGCUGCAGGCACCUCUGCACCGACUGGGGGCCUUGCAGGCAGCCUGGUGGUUGGCAGCUGGACGCCUGGGAAGCAUUGCUGGUCUCUUCCAGCUCCUGAGCAUUGCUGAGGACAAAGGAAGAGGUCGCAGCAGCAAGGAGCAGAAUGAGCUCCUGUCCCUGCUGAAGGCCUGGCAAGUCCCCGCUGAGGAGGCCUCCCUGCGCCUGGCACAGAGUGCUGAGGACUUGAAGGAGAUCCUCUGCACAGCAGCAGCGUUCCUGCAAGGGCUGCAGGAGCUGGAGGCUGGGAACUUCCCCACUGCCCUCUCCCUCCUUCAGGAAGCUGCAGGAGGAUUCUGCUCCAAGAAGGUCCUGGCUCAAAUCUACACCUGCCUCGGCUGCUGUGCUCAGCGAAUGGGCAAGCCUCAGACAGCCCUUCAGCACCUGAAACGGGCCCUCCAGGUCGACUUCCAGUGUCUCCCUGCCCUGUCCCACGCAGCAGCAGUGUACCAUGAACUGGGAGAGACAGAUACAGAGCUGCAGGCCCUGGCUCUGCUCUACGAGGCUCUGGAAAAAAAACCUUCACCAGCUGCUUCCUCCAGUCCCUAUUUCCUAAUCCGAACAGAGCUGCUUGUCCACACACCCACACUCACUUCUCUCCUUCGCCAUUUCCACCCCUCUGAAGUGAAGUACCUGCUGGCACAGCGGUGUCUCCAGGAUGGGAGGGUGACUGAUGCAGUGGAACAUUACCUGGAUUUUCUGGCUCUGCUUCAGGAGGGUCUCCAGCAGCAGGUGCCCCUGGAUGGUAGCUCAGCUCUGCCCAGGAUCCCAGAGGUGUUCCUGGAAGCAGCAUCCGCCUUGGAGCAGGCUGGGAGGCACCAGGACGCCAUAACCAUGUGCGAAGAGGUCAUCAGACGGACGACUGACCUGAUCCCACGGAUGUUACGAGUGGAGGAGAAGCUGGAGCAGCCGGAGUGCCCAUCGGAGUGCCCAUCGCCGGGGGCAGGGCUGGCAGGGGGACUCCUGUCCCAGAAGAAGGAGAAUUUGUGCUGCCUUGCCUGGAGAACAGCUGGAUACCUGCACCAGGGCUGGGCAUGGGCCAAGCUGGGCGAGAGCAAGGAGGCCAUAAUGCAGUUCAGCAGGUGCCUCAGCGAUCUCCUGCGAGUCCAACUUCGUGGACCUGCCAUUGAACCAACAGAGAAUCUCCCACCAGAGGUGGAGGUCCUCCAGAAGAUCAGGUUACUCUCUCUCAUCGGGCGAGGUACACAGUUUCUGGAGCUGGGGAGGCACAAAGAAGCCCUACUGGAUUUCCAGCAUGGUCUGCAGGUCUCUCCAGGUGACCCAGCUGCUGCCUCCUACCUGGUGCAGGCCUUGUGGAAACUGGACCGAAAGCAGGAGGCGGCUGCUCAGUGGCAGAAGUUGUCCCAGAGCUCCCCUGGGGAGCAGAAAGGAAAGGGAAGGCCCCUCCCUUUGUACCUGGUUUUGUGCCUGGAGCAGGCCGUGUUCCCACACAGUAAAACUCUUGCCAGCACCAUACAGGAUUACCUCGGGACAGCAGCCCAGGACACCUCAAGCUGACCUGGUCAGUCUCCGGGCUGGCACUUUAAUCACUCUUCCAAGACUCAGAAUCACUCUUGAAUUUUAAUUGAUUCCCAAAGGACUGAAACACAUAUUUUCUAAUAAAAGCCUCAGCUCUACUUA